AUGCAUUUCUCAAAAUCAACAUUGCUUAUAGUUGCCUUUAUGUUUGCUUUAAGUGGUGCUGCGCCUACUCAGAGCACAGGGCGCUCUAAAAACAUCUACAGAGAUGUCACUGCGGCGUAUGAUCAUGCUUCUGAUCAGGGUGCGGUUGCUGGUCGAGAUAUCAGUGCACAGUAUGACCAUGCUUCUACCCAAUAUGGUUACUCUGAUUUGGCUGCUACGGCGCAGUAUGACCAUUAG